UGACGACCCUUAUCCCUCUCUCUUCCUCUCUGGUCCAAUGAAUUUCAACGUUCUACACGGAGACUCAUAAGAUGGCGACCGCGGAACCGGAAAUCAAUUUAAAUCCACCCCAACAUGCUGAAGAAGGAGCAGAAGCAGAGACUGGUCAGGAGAUUGUGAGCCCUGAGAGCUACAUCAAACACCCCCUACAGAACAAAUGGUCUCUCUGGUUCUUCAAAAAUGAUAAGACCAAAACAUGGCAGGCAAACCUCCGCCUCAUCUCGAAGUUUGACACGGUUGAAGAUUUCUGGGCUCUGUAUAAUCAUAUUCAGUUGUCAAGCAAUCUGAUAUCUGGAUGCGACUACUCCCUCUUUAAGGAUGGCAUUGAGCCCAUGUGGGAGGAUGAGCGAAACAAGCAAGGAGGGCGUUGGCUGAUCACGCUCAACAAGCAGCAGAGGAGACAAGACCUGGACCGCUUCUGGCUAGAAACACUUCUCUGCCUUGUUGGGGAGGCUUUCGAUGACUAUAGUGACGAAGUGUGUGGCGCAGUAGUCAAUAUUCGCACUAAAGGAGACAAAAUCGCCAUCUGGACAGCAGACUUUGACAACAGGGAAGCCGUAACACACAUAGGGAGAGUCUAUAAGGAGCGCUUGGGAAUCCCCAUGAAGAUGACCAUUGGCUACCAGUCCCACUCUGACACCUCCACAAAGAGCGGCUCCACCACCAAAAACAAGUUUGUUGUCUGAAAAUGAACCGUGUGCCUUGUUUUGUUUUGUCUACUUUUCAUUGUGAGUAGGUUUUGUUUACUUAACUGCAAUGGCUGCGUGACGAAAUCUGGGAAAAACUCAUGACUAUAUACCAAAGCUUCGACAGAAACAGCCCUAGACCUGUGAACACAGGAAAAACGUUAUUAACAGGACACACUACUUUCUCUGGAACCCCCCCCACACACACACACCUGCCAAUGCUAUUAAUCCACAUGUCAUAGCCACACAGGUGAACAUGCAAACCUCAAAAUGCAAAUGAAGACUGUUCAUAGUAGGAAAUGUAAGAUGUUCUGAGUGCUCUUAUAAAGAAAAUUAUUUUGUUGAUUUAUUUAAUGGCAGGGAAUUCAUUUGAAAUACAAAAAUAAAACGAAAACAUUUCUCAGUGCCCUUGUAUACAGCAUUGUAAUUGCUGUAAUCAUUAAUGAUGUUACACUUUUUUAAUUUAUUAUACCAAUUAGCUUUUUAGCAAUUUUUUUUACUUGUUCUGUGCUAUAGCCUUAAAGGUGAUUUGUUUUUUGUAAUACGUUUUUUUUGCAACCAGAUCUCUUUAAAAAAAAAUGCUAAAUGACAUGUUAUAGAAUAUCCUUUUUUGUGAUUUCACUUGUUUUUGAGAAACUUACCCCAACCAGAAAAUCACUUCUUCAUCCUUGUUGUGUAGUUUAGGGGCCCUUCUAUAACAUGCCAUUUACAUCAAAAAUAGGGAUUUGGUUGUAAAAAAAAAAAAAAAAAAAGACUUCUCCUUUAAACCUCAAGCGCAUGUAAUCAAGCCUUUCUGAUAAUUUCAUGACUCAAUUAGUCUUUGUUAACUACAUGAUUAAAACUUUGGUUUUGCAAUUCGGUAGAAGCUGUUUUUAUAUUAUGGAAUACUUUUUGCAACUUGUAAUUUGUACAGUCCUUGUUAGAAAUGGUUUGAUAUUUGACUUACAGUGAUGCUGUAUUGCAAUAUAUACAUUUCUUAGUGAUUUGGUUUCUGCCUGCAAUGGAAACACAGCACUAAUGAGUAAAUAAAGUUUUUCUGUGACUUCAGAUCAUUUUUAAUUAUAUAAUAUCAUAUAGUAUAUGCCAUUGCCAUAGCUAGUUGAUCUGCCCCUGUCACCCCUAGAGACUUAUUGUAGAGCUGAACAAUGUAUAUAGCAAUAUUAUAGUCGUUACACCUACAGUAUAUCUCCUGUUGUAUCAUUUCAUGAAAGCCUACAACAAUGGCAACCCAUGACAAUGUCAUGACACCAAAUUAGAGCGCUCAAAUACUUACCAUUUCAUGGCUCAUGAAAGUAUGAGUUGCCAUUAUGCCAGGCAUGUUUCAUUAUUUUGGCCAAACACAAGUGCUACCAGUUACUUUCAUAACUGCUGUUCAACAUUCAUACAUUAUGAAAUGCAUUUGUGUAUUUUAUUCCCAAUUCAUAAAUAAACUGAGCUUUGCACUUCA